AUUCAUUGUAUCAGAUUGAGACGGGAGGAAGAGCGACUCGACUGGUCGGCAAAGCAACUCUGCUCCGGGAAACAUUGUAACUCCGACUGCAAGCCACAUACAACUGCAGUGGCUCCUUGAUCCUAACCUCCUCCUCCGUGUUUUCCUCCAGGGAUGGCAGCCAUCCGCAAGAAGCUGGUGAUAGUGGGGGAUGGAGCUUGUGGAAAGACCUGCCUUCUGAUUGUCUUCAGCAAGGAUCAGUUCCCUGAGGUCUACGUGCCCACCGUGUUCGAGAACUACGUCGCUGACAUCGAGGUGGACGGCAAACAGGUGGAGCUGGCUCUGUGGGAUACUGCGGGUCAGGAGGACUAUGAUAGGCUGAGACCUCUCUCCUAUCCAGACACUGACGUCAUCCUCAUGUGCUUCUCCAUAGACAGCCCCGACAGCUUGGAAAACAUUCCAGAGAAGUGGACCCCAGAGGUCAAACACUUCUGUCCCAACGUUCCCAUCAUCCUGGUAGGAAACAAGAAAGACCUGCGCAACGACGACCACACACGCCGGGAGCUGGCCAAGAUGAAACAGGAGCCAGUGAAGUCGGAGGAGGGGCGGGACAUGGCCGGCCGCAUCGCAGCUUUCGGCUACAUGGAGUGCUCCGCCAAGACCAAGGACGGCGUGCGGGAGGUGUUCGAGAUGGCCACCAGGGCGGCCCUGCAGGCCCGCCGCGGGAAGAAGAACAAUAAAUGUGUAGUGCUGUAAAAUAGCCGACACAUUUGGACUGUUUUCAACCCCCGGGGCAACUGUUCCCAGGGGGCUAGGGCUCGAGAGGGGCGGAGGGGGGAUUACUAGACGGGAGAGGGAGGGAGAGACGGGGAGAAAAGAGUGCAGUAAAUGACUACCGCUGUAAAACGGCUGUUUGUUGGACUGAAUUUGCCCUGGGACUUGGGUUUGGGAAGCUUCGAUGGAAAUGGACAGGGGGGAAAGAUUGGGGGUGGGGGGCUGACUACCGCUGUAAACCAUUGGGCUCUUCAUCUGUUUGUCUUUUCAACAAGCCACUUACACUGAUAAACACAAUAAGGAGACGGCAAAAACUAAAAAGGUCUAGUUUCUGCCUGGAUGACUUGACAUAUGGAUAGGGGCAAACGGCACAGUAAAUGAGUUCCACUGUAAACAGCCACCAGUGGACUCUUCAUCAGGGGUUUCUACCUGGGAGAAGGGGACGGGCAGUCUGAAGUUCGACAGGUGCUUUAGUUUCCUGGGGAGGAUAUUUGAACAGCCCCAAAAGUAGACAAAUCACCAGUAAACAGGGAUCUUCUAUAAGCUUGCAGUUUAAUUGAAUUGAUUGGGUUAUUAUGGGCCAGUCAGUCUCAUUUGUCGUGGAGCUACAUGCUCACAUGUCCAGCUCGGUGCCAUUUAGUCACGGCGGUCGCUAAUCCUGUGCUCGCAGUGACAAACCCAUCGAGCCGUGCUCUUACUGAGGUGACCUGUCACAGAGCCUCCUCAUAGUGAAUGCUCUAUAUUUCACACAUUAAUGAACAGUUUGAAUUGAGAGAAAUGUGUCCUUAGCGCUGGCCUUAAUGUAAAACUACUUCCUGUGCAUCAUCACUUGAUCUGUAAAUCAAAUUGGCUUUCAUUGCCACCUGUAUUCUAUCUUCACAGUGCAGUGUUUCAGAGGAAACGUUUACUCCAUGUGAUAGGCAUUAAAGUACCCACACGCUGGUGAAUCUACUGGGGUUGGUUUGUCUACUUCAGGAUUGUCUUCUUAAAUAUCAAAUUGAAGGAGGAAGGUGAUCUGUGUUCCCAUUGGAUGAUGAUCUUCAUAAGCUGACCACUCUGCUGCAUCUCAGCUCCCGCCCCUUCCUGUUCCACAGACUGCUGGUGCUCAUCUUCCUCUGGUCAUAGACCGGGACAAAGAACAAGGAGAGGAGAGGACCGUGUUUACACGCACACCACUGAUCUCCUUAUCUGGGAUGAACGACUAUUGAUUAUAUUUCUUUGUGUGCGCAUGUUUGUAGGUCAAAUGUAAAACAACCUAGAACUCUUGGAGGGGAAAUAAAGGUUAUCUACAAUAUACAUUUAUACUGGUCAGCUGUAGGCAGCAGCCAUCUGCUUUAACAUGACAUG